AUGGCGACGUCGCUCUCGACGCACCAGCUCUUCACGCCCGCGGGCCUCACCGGGCGGCGCGUCUCGCGCGGAGCCUCCCGGCGCCGCGCGACCUCCGUCAGGGUGCGGGCCAGCUACGGCGACGCGCAGGAUGGCGACAGCGAGCAGAUGCACGUGCCGGAGGACGCCUUCAAGAACGAGAUGGGACACAACAUCUCCCCCGAGCGCAAAGCCGCGACGGCGCUGGGAAACCUCUUCACCAUGGCCGCGACGAGGGUGAUCCUCGACCAGUUCACCGGCACCAGGCACAGGUCCCCGGUGUAUUACAAGAUGGUGCGAGCCGUUCGCGGCCCCGACGUCGCGCCUCCGCCUCCGACCCCGCGCGCGCCGCUCGCGCCCGACCUCGAACCGCGAAAGAACCCCGUCCUUCCAGCCGCGCCCCUGACUUUUUUCUCGCUCGCGACACAGGUGGACUUCCUGAGCGAAAACCCGCUGAGGAACGGCAACGAGUGGCUCGCCAAGCUCAUGCGCGAGCCCGAUAACGACCUUCGCAUCACGGCCAUGCGAAUAAUCGAGACGAGGCGCGUGUUCGCCGAGUCGGAGUUCAACUGGGAAGUGAUGAACCGAGUGGCCAAGGAGGAGAUUGACGACGACACGCUCGAGAUGAACAAGCAGAUGCUGAUGCGAUCGCUGGGCGUGAGCGUGGAAGGGAGCCCGAGCGAGAUGUCGGGGUCCGCGGAGAGGCAGCAGAGCGAGGCGAACAGCUCGUGGUGA